GUGUCAAAACAAAACAAGCGUCACAUGAUAGGUGACGUCAAAAGAUAGUUGCUAAGCUGUUUGCAUUGAAGGUGAAGGAAGGUUUGUGAUGCGAGGUUGCAUAUCGUUGGAAAGUUCUUGUACGAACGAGUCUCGUGUUGAAUUUUGAGAAAUUACUGUAUAUUCCAGCUGGUAUCAAAAAGAUCAAACGCAUAACUAAGUUGAACAAAAGAUGUCUUCUCCAAGCGCUGGAAAGCGACGAAUGGAUACGGAUGUUAUUAAACUCAUAGAAAGCAAACAUGAAGUCACAAUUUUAGGUGGAUUAAAUGAAUUUUGUGUCAAGUUCUAUGGCCCAAAAGGAACACCAUAUGAAGGGGGUGUAUGGAAAGUAAGAGUUGAUUUGCCAGAGAAGUAUCCAUUCAAGUCUCCAUCAAUUGGAUUCAUGAACAAAAUAUAUCAUCCCAAUAUUGAUGAAGUGUCUGGAACUGUGUGUUUGGAUGUCAUAAAUCAAGCUUGGACUGCAUUAUAUGAUUUGUCAAAUAUUUUUGAAUCCUUCCUUCCUCAGUUACUAACCUAUCCUAACCCGAUUGAUCCUUUAAAUGGCGAUGCUGCUGCAAUGUAUUUACAUAAGCCAGAAGAGUACAAGAAAAAAGUUCAAGAGUAUGUCAAAAAGUACGCAACUGAAGAAGCCCUCAGAGAACAGGAGGAAGAUCAGUCGAGCAGUGAAAGCUCUAUGAGCGACUUUUCGGAUGACGAAACACAAGAUAUGGAACUAUAACAAAGCUAGUAUAGGGGAAUUGGGGAUUAAAUAGGGGGGGAGGGAUAAAACAAGGGACUACAACAAUGAGGGAUUGGGGGGAUGGGGGGAAAACAUUUGCAGAGUUAAUCAUGUGUAAAUUUUUUCAUGUUAGAUAUUGACAGAUGCUGCUUUAUAAUGUUUGCAGCUUAUUCUUUUUAGCAGUGUUCCCUAAAAAAAUAGCUUAAUUUCCUUGUAAAUAACAAUAGUUUACUGUGGCAUUCAAUAAUAUUUCAUUUUUGGUGACUUCAUAGUUUAUAAAGAAUUUAAUAAAACUGCGCAUUUAUAGUCAUGAGGACACACAUAUUUUUUAUGUAACUUGGGUUAUUUUGUUCUAAGAAUGAAAAUGGUUUUAUUUAUUUGUUUUAAUUAGCACUUUUUAAAUAUCGAGUGUAUUUGUAAUUUGUGAUUUAUCCCCUUUCAUGUUAACAAAACUACGCUUUUCAUGCUGCAAUGACAUUCUUUUGUUCUAACUUAUUUUUUUGUUGCAUAUUUUUCAUUUUUUCAGUUAAAUCUGUCAAAUCAGAUAAGACAGUAAUUAAAUGUUAUUUUAGAUUUUUAUGAAGUGGAUGUUUUUAAAAUUUUAUGUUCGUAUAUAUAUAUUAUCCCCACUAGUAUAUAAAUCUAUAUCUUGUGUUAUGUGCCGAAAUUCGAUGUUGCAUUGUGAUACAAAUUUGAGUAUGAUUUAAUCAAUUUUAGCUUUCUUUUUUUUAUUUGGAGAUAUUGAUACUGUGAAAGCUUUGUAUUGUAUAAAGAUAUGCUUAUAGUUAAAUGUGUGUUAAAAAUCUGUUGUAAUUUUGAUAGGACUGUUAGGCUAUUGAAGAAAAGUAUUAGUAUAUUUCUUCCUGAUUAAUAAUUCGAAUAGCUGACUCAUAUUGUUAAACAGUUUUUUCAUCAAAUGCAAUACAUUUAAUAUUUCUGAAUAAAAUUUGUUUCUAAAAAGUUGUGUGAUUUGAAUCAUUUUACCUUUUUGAAUAAGAUGUGUAUUUAAACAGUGAAUGCUAUAUUGUAUGUUUAGCUAUUUAUUUCUACUAAACUAGCUUAAAUUUCAAUUUAUUUUUUGUGAUUAUCAUCAAAUAAUCAUUAAAUUAGUUUCUUAUGUGAUCUGUUCUUAGAUUGUUAGUUCAAAGUAUGUAUUUAAAUUUAAGAGUGGCUUAGUCAGAAUAAUUUGGUAAAUAACACUGAAGUUAAAUACUUUUCUUAAUGUGUCCACAAAACUUUUUUCAUUUUAUUUUUCAAACUGGACAUAUGGAUUUCAUUGCUUUCAUUGCACAUGCCAUUGCUUUCAUCCUCUUUGCUAAAUCUUGCAGUUUGGUUUCGAUAAAUAUGUUAGCUUUUAACCCACGUCAAAGUACUAUGACUUGACCUCAACCCAUUUAUAGGAUGAGUAUAACUACACACAUAUAAACUUGAAUGCUGUAGGGAAGAUAAAGUCUACUGGCCCAGUUAUCUGUAUAUGGACGCUAGCUACUUGUCCAUUAUAUUGGUUUUUAUUCAUUUAAUUUCUGACCAAAAAAAUAUUUAAUAUUUUUUUUUGUUUUUCUUAGCUGCGGUAUUGGUCCAAUCAAUUUUUUUUAGUCCAAGUCUAGUUUUGAAUUUUAAAUUUAUUUCAGUAAUUGGCCCUGAUGGGGUUUUUCAACUUCAAAAAGCCUGUAUACUCUUGAGACUGCCAACAAUGGUUGAGAUUGUAUUUUACUUGAUAAUAUUUAAUUGUUAAAUUAACUCAACUGAGUGGAUAAAAAAACUAGCUGAAAUGUAAAUUGAUGCUUUGCAUUGCUGUACAUUUAACUCAAACAUCAGAAUAAGAAUAAAAUAUUAUGUAUAUGCUGAAUUGUACAAUUCUUAACUAACUCAAAUGCAUUGCUGUACAUUUAACUCAAACAUCAGAAUAAGAAUGAAAUAUUAUGUAUAUGCUGAAUUGUACAAUUCUUAACUAAUUCAAAUUUUUUGACAUUUUUUUUCUUCUUAGCUUCAAAACUCUGGUCUUUGAAGAUUAAACCAAUUGCAUUUUUAAGAGGUAAGCACUAAGUAAACAUAAGAUAAAAUUUUCAAAAAAGCAUCCUGUAGAAUGCAAUAGGGUUCUCCGGAGGAUAUGGCAAAUGUAACAAAAAGUUAGUUUACAUUUUAUUAUUAUUUUUUUAAUUAUUAUUCCAACUUUAUGAAAUUUUACUAUAUACAAAAAUCAGGACACAGAAUUUUUGCACCAGCUUGCUAUUGGUGACCCAUAUAUUUAGGGCUAGUGAGUAAGGUACACAAUUUGGCAAAUUUUUGAGUUGCAGAGUUAGAGACUAGGGUUGCAAUUGCCAGAUGGUAUUUCGAUUAUUUAAACUUUCUGAAGUUUUUCUUAUUUUAUUGAGUUUUAAUAAUGUGUGAAUGACACAGUCCUUUGGGGAAUCUUAGUUUUAAUUUAUAUUUUUAUUAUUUUGUCAUAAAUGUGUCAUCAUUUUUCAGUUUUUGCAUUCUUUUAUAGUUUUAGACGCAAAAAUUUUUUUUGUGCUUCAUCUGUUAGUGUUAUAAUAGUGGCAGGCAAAAAUUUUUUUCUGGUUAAUACUUUUAGAAAUGAAAUUUCAUGUCAUGUACUAAAUAUUUAUUUUUAUGAAUCAGUACUCUGUUUAUUUCUGUAAAAUUAAUAAAUGCAUGUUUUUCUAAAAAUUAUAAAAAAUGAACUUUGCCUUUUUUGAAUUUAAGCUCUUCCAGUUGCUUCUUCUAUUUAGCAUCAAUUAAUAGACUAGUUGCUAGAAUCAUUGAGAUACUUUUAUAUUGAAAUUAAUCACAUUAAUAUCUAUUACAUUAAUGAAAAUAUUAUUGAAAUCUAUUAUAUGCCAACUUAAAUUUCUCAUCUAAUUCUUGAAUAAACUAUUCAAAUUGAAAUUAAAGAAAGUUAGCUUUUGUAAUUUAAGUGCUUGCAGCUACAUAUAAUUGCCUUUUAUUGAAGGGAAAUAAGAUUGGUGGUUGUUCAAACAUUUAAAAUAAUGAACUAUGUUAAUCUCAAGCAAUAAUACAUUGCUUGCUAGUUUUAACUUAAAAGUAUGAGUGAGAGUUUUGAAUUAUUUCUUAGUAGUUACUAAUUUCGGAACAGCUUUCUUAAACUGUACCUUUAACCUAGUUUCUUAUGUUUCUCUUUAAAUAUGCAAAGCUAGAUAUUACAUUAACACUACUAGUACUAAAUCUUUAAAAUUUGACAUGCCUAGUGGGUUAAGUAAAUCAGAAAAUUAAUUAAAAGGUUAUUUCAAUUUCACACCUGCAAAAAUAUUAAAUUUUUAUUCUUAUUCCUUAGUAUUUUCAAUUUUUGAAGAAAGCUGGUUUUAAGAAUGCAGUUUUAUGUGCUAAUUUAAAUUUUUUACUUCCUGGUAAUUGAUAUACUUGUUUAAAUCAAUUUUUGACAGCACAGGUUGGAACUAAAUUUAAAGCUGUUUUCUGAAAUUUAGUUUUGACAACACAGAUUGAAACUAAAUCCUGUGUGAACCCAGUUCUGACAACAUAAGUUAAAGUUUAUUUUAAAGCAGUUUUUCAGAAAUCUUAUUCUUUUAUUAAAUAACUUUUAAACAAAUAAAACCUUAUUUUUAUAAUUGUUUAUGGGUAAAGGUUGAAUUCAUUAUUUCAAUCAGUGCAAUAUUCAAUUGUAGCAGUCUGCUGUAUUCUGCUAAUAUUCACUAUAAAUUAAGAUCACAAAGAAAACUUAACUGAUUUAAAAGUUAAUUUGAUCUAUCCAACAAAUUACCCUGCUAAACUUUUAUUCUUUCUCUCAACAUAAUAAAUGGAGAAAUAUUAAGUUGAAAUAUAUGUAUGUUUAUUGGAACAUUGAUGCAAUUUGGUUGUUGAAUUUUCGCGCUCACGCUUCUUUACUGCUUUUUUUNCUUUUUUUUUUUUUUUUAAACUUGCAGACAAUCUCGGUCAAGCUCUGAAGUCCUGUUUAAAAAAAAUUUAAUUUCAAAUUAAGAUGAUUCAAAAAAUUUUUUAUGAAUAAAAAAUUUAUAAUCUGAUCUUUCUGUAAAGAAAGUCUUAAAGUAUAGUCCAGUCUGUUUUUGUGAAAGCUUUUGCACAUAGAUGAGAUAUUUUAAGGUUUCUUACUAUGAUGCAUAUUUUUGACAUUGUCUUCUAUUAUAAUUUUUUUAAUAAAAUUUUGCUGACAUUUUCUUGAUUAUUUUACAAUUAGAACCUAUACUUGUUAUAAUGUGUUUAUAGUAGUAAAUAUUUUCAAUCAAAUUGUAUAAAAUUAGAUUAGAAUGUCCAUGUUUCAAGAGUAGUUAAAAAGAAUACACAUUUUUGUGUUGGGGUGGUAAUUUUUUAAGAUAAUGCCAUUUUGGGGCAAUAUAAUGAGCCACAUUUUUAAAUUGUUUAGGAGAGUGUUUUUGGUAUGCUAUAAGAUAUGUCUGUGCAUUGAGCUGUUGUCUUGGGAAAAAUUCUAAAAAUUCGUAAAUCUGGAAAAAAUACUAAGGAAAACUUCAGUCUAAAUUAGUCAUUUUUGCAAAAAAAUGUGGACUAUCAUGUUGCUCCAAACUCUCUAUAUUUAAAGAUGACUAAGGGAUUAUAUCAAAAUUUGCUAUUAGUUCCCUGCCCAAAGUAUUUCUGGGAGUUAGACGAGGAAAAUGUUUUUGAAUUAAAUAUAUUUUAUUUUUAUUUUUUAAAUAUUUUUUUACAGAUAUUAAAUGUUGGUUCCAUUAAACAAUACAUUAUAUUUUAUGUUAAAUGCAAAGACAAUGCCUUCAUUGUAUCUAAAGGGUAAUUAAAUGAAUCGUGCCAAUUUCGUUUCAUUUUUACUGUUCAAUCAUGCAUAAAUGAAUUAAUCUUGUAUUGUUCAUUUUGUUACAUACCAAUCAGCAAAUGCAUACUUAGAACUUAAUGUUGUACUAGAGAAGUGAUAUAUAUUUUGUAUAAUAUAAUUCAUAGAGAAUAUGCAUUCUAUUGUUAUUUGGUUGUGUUGCUAGUGUAUAUGGCUUAUUUGUUCUACUCAUAAAGCAUGAAAAAUCCUUAUAAAAAAAAAAUCUGUAUCAUUCUGGUGUUGGCUGUCAUUUCACUUGAUGUUAAUUUUCUCUGUGAUGAGAUAAAUAAAGCACUCAAUAUUUUUAAA